AAUCUACUUUAGAUCCUGACUCCAACUUCUUCAAACAACUUCAAGAACUUCUUCUUCCAGAGACAAAGGCCCCAUCUCAAUCCCCAUCCUAUCUUCCUGCUCCAGGGACAUUUCCUAGCUCCAAAUGCCUGGAUCUGCAGCAUGUCAUCGACUCCGCUUCAAAAUCCCAGACGACCUUGGAUUUGGAGCCUGCAAGAUCUCCUUCUCCUGUGCCAGAAAACAAUUCAGAUAUUAUCGAAUCGUCGAAUCUAUUUCGACAACUAUAUACACCGUCCGGGAAAUGGGAAUGGAUGGUGGGUCAUGACAUCGAGGACGAAAGUUCUACAUUUCUGUCAGCUAGCACUAUGUGUUCAACAUACUACAAGAGAGGUAGAGUAUUCAAUCGGAGUCUCCCAUAUAUUUGUAAAUCGUGGGAAAUCGUACACUGGGAUAAUUCCUUUUAUUCCGAGCUCGCCUUGUACAAGAAGCAGCUUAGAUCCCUGCAAGGUAGAUGCGUACCCCACGUCAUAGGUAUUUUCACUGGUCCAGGUGCCAUAAAUGUCGCAAUGGAGCCACCCCAUAGCUCAUUCUGGAUCGAGGCUAGCACUGACAUGCCCUUAUCGCUGAAGGAGCGAUGCGUAGAUGCCAUUGCCCAGAUCCACUCCUGUGGAGUUUUCCACGGAGAUAUACAGCUUCGGCACAUUCUCAUAGGUGGCGACGCACGGGUAACGGUUAUCGAUUACCAGAAAAGUGCUGCCGUUGAGCCCAACGAGAAACUCUUUCUAUCGCCUGCUACCGAAGCGGAUCUCCGGAGGGAAAUGCGAAAGGUGAAGAUGAAGCUGGAUUUUCCGGGCGCUCGAGCUUGUGAGAAAGACAGACGGGAGCGAUGCCUAAAGCGGAACAAACAUAACGCGGCCGAAAUCCGGAAAAGCAAUUUGAGCCCGAGCUAUAUACCUCACUUGGAAGAAGUGCCUGAGGACGACGCGCUGAACCCGCCCAUACUCGAUAUGCAAGAGUGGCAGGAUUGGGUAGCUGCACCAAGUCUUCCCCGACUGUUCAUCGUGCCUGGGCAAUCGUUACAGCAGCGAAAGGGCGCAUACGAAGCAUUUCUAAAAUCUCUGGAAUCGGUUCAGACCUCGGCUGAUUUCUAUUCGGGCACUUUCGAUAAUAAACCUAAUAACGGAAGUUCCUCGUCACCACAUGAGGAGGUGGCACAGACGGGACUCCGUGAAGCAAAUUUGCCCCUCACUGAGCUUAUGGAAUUAUCCCCUCGGCCCCCAUCAGCACAGUCCAGACCGCCUGGUGCUUCAUACUCGAUUCUGGGCACCGAGCGAAAACAAGGGACCCAUAAUGCAAUAGACACGCCUCCUCGAGGACUAGAUCCUUUUCACUCUAAACUAAAUCAAGCUCCGCAUCCCUCACCGAGCGCGAUUUCUGAACGACUAGCGCUGCUUCACAGUUUGGCGGAAUCUCCUAUACAAGCUCCGGGUGACCUCCUUCCUUCGCUAGCUCGCCAGCUUCUGAAUACAGAGAUGACCAAGAACGUCCUAUCAAGCGGACUCGUCUGGAUGAUGAGGUCUCCAAAAGCAGUGUGCCGUUCACAGUUGCGACGAAAGGUCCCUCCUUGACCUCGGCAGCUGUUCCUUCACCGGCGGGUUGGGAUACUGAUUAGGUACAUACGACUGGCUAGCUAACCUUCGGUAUCCAUCUUUGCCCCCAUCUCAAAGAAAACAUGAAACUUGGACUCGAGUAGCGAUGCAGAAUCUGGGCAAUUGCGCUCUGCAGGAGCUACCACAUCCUGAUUUAAUUCAGUUGUACCCGCACCACCCUCGAUGGGUUGAGCCGGAUGUUCAGGUGUUUCUUGGACGACUUCAUAAAGUGGAAAAAGGACUCGCUUGGGCCGCGUUGCAGAAUCCUGACAGAAGAAUUACAGGCCCACGCCAUCCUAGAUCAUUGGGUAACUUGAAACGUACUCUUAGCGAAAUACAACACAACCUGGAAC